AUGAUGACGUGCCGUCUGCUGUGCGCCCUGUUGGUGCUCGCCAUGUGCUGCUGCCUCUCCGUGUGCGUGGCAGAGGGGGAAGAUAAAACGGAACAAAAAACCGUUCCAAAGGUUGUCGGGAAAGAGGGAACAGGUCAGGAAACGGAUCCGCUUCUUACAACUCCUCAGCCACAGACAAGAGAGGAGGGGGAAAGGAAGGAGAAACAGAAACCAGAUACGCCGACUCAUACGUCACAGGAAACGGCUACAGUAACCGGAACGGCACAGUCAGAAAGUAAUUCCAAUAAGGUACAGGAACAGGAAGGGAAAUCCGCUAAGGAAGAAGAAAAUAAGAAAGGUGAAGAUACUUCCGAGACAACAGCGACAACUACAACAAAGGCACCGACCACGACGACCACUACUACGACCACCACUGCGCCAGAGGCACCAAGUACCACGAAUACAAAGGCGCCAACUACGACGACCACUCGCACACCGUCACGUCUGCGUGAAAUCGACGGCAGCCUCAGCAGCUCUGCGUGGGUGUGUGCCCCGCUGCUGCUCGCCGCAUCCGCGCUGGCGUACACCACUCUGGGCUGA